AUGGCUACUAAGACGUGUGCAGCACCAAAUUGUGGCAAGGAGACCACAUCCAACUUGAAAUGUCCGAUUUGUCUGAAACAAGGACUGAACCAGUAUUUCUGUAACUCAAACUGUUUCAGAGGUUCAUUUUCCCGUCAUAAGGCAAUCCAUAAAAAGGAAGGUAUUGAAACGUACGAUCCAUAUCCGGAGUACGACUAUAGGGGCACUCUAAGACCUGUUUUCCCCUUGACUCCAAGACGGGAGGUUCCAGACUCUAUUGCCAAACCGGACUAUGCGAAGAACGGUGAGCCAACAAGUGAGUUGAAGAAUGACAGAACAAACAAAAUCAAGGUUUUGAGUGGUGAAGAAAUCGCCAAAAUGAGAGAGGUAUGUAAGCUAGGUAGGGAGGUUCUCGAUGCUGCAGGCGCAAUGGUUAGACCAGGCGUAACUACUGAAGAGAUUGACCGGGUUGUUCACGAGGAAAGUAUCAAAAGAGGAGGAUACCCAUCACCUUUGAACUAUUUCAACUAUCCUAAAUCCGUCUGUACUUCUGUGAACGAGGUAAUUUGCCACGGUAUUCCUGAUGCAAGGCCAUUGCAAGAUGGCGAUAUUGUCAAUAUCGAUGUUUCCCUAUAUAAGGAUGGUUUCCAUGCUGAUCUUAAUGAGACCUACUAUGUCGGCGAUAAGGCAAAAAGUAAUCCAGAUACUGUCAGACUAGUCGAAACGACACGGGAAGCUCUUGACUUGGCCAUUGCUGCAGUUAAGCCCGGUAUCCCUGUUCGUGAGUUUGGUAACAUCAUUGAGGAGCAUGCAAAUAAGAACAACGUGUCCGUUGUGAGAACCUACUGUGGCCACGGUGUAAACAAUCUCUUCCAUUGCCAGCCUGAAAUCCCCCACUAUGCCAAAAACAAGGCCAUUGGUACCUGUAAGCCGGGCAUUUGCUUCACCAUUGAACCUAUGCUUAAUUUAGGCACUUAUAGGGAUGUCUUAUGGCCAGAUGGAUGGACCUCAACUACAGCAGACGGAAAAUUCAGUGCACAAUUUGAACACACAUUACUAGUCACCGAAGACGGUGUCGAGGUUUUGACAGCAAGAACAGCUGCCUCCCCAGGAGGCCCUGUUCCUAGGAUUUGA